GUAACUGGUAUCAGUUCUCGACUCUUUCUUUGAGCAAGGACAGCUCCUAUUCUCUAAGCGCUUGGCUACACGACUAUUAAAUAUCAAUCACGAUAAAAAUUUAACGUUGCAACAUGAAGAUUCUAUUGAUAUUUUUGGCUUAUGUGACUCUUGUAUAUUGCGCCAAAGCCAAAAAACAGAUUCUUGAUCAAGAAGUGAUCGACGGUUAUGAAUUUCGGUACUCACCAGAUUCAUCCGAUUUAGGCUUGAUUGAAUCAAAUUCUCAUUAUGUCGAUGCUGCGCCCGUCAUAGCAGUCGCUGCGAGUGGUCAUCGUUCAAGUCAUCUUGUGCAACCUGGGUACAGUGUGGGUGGCCCUUUGGCCAGUAUAGCUAGAGGAGCUGCUGAUCAGGCUAAAACACAAUUGAAUCAGCAACCAUCGGCUGCUGGACAGGCAGCAUAUGUAGCCAAGAACACUCUGGCUCAAGCGGCGGCACAAUCCGCAGCGACAGCUGCUGCAGCUUUGGCCGGCAAACAAAUUAUUGUGAUGGGUCUAGAACAACAAUCAAGGGAUGCAUAUGUUGCAGUGGAUGGUGAAAAGCAACAAUUGCAACAAGCUCAACGGGCAGCCGCGGCAGCAAAAAAUGCAGCGCAACAGGCGAUGCACCAAGUGCAGGUGAUUACCACGGCAUUGAACGCGGCUCAGGCAACUGUUGAACAUGCUACACAAGCUGCAUCUGAGGCUGCAGCCGAAUUGGCGGCGCAAACGACGAUGGUGGGCCAGGCUAAGGCACGUGCUGAAACGAUUGCCGAACAGCUCGCAGCAGCACGUUUAGACUUCGAGACGACACAGGCAGCAGCACAAAAAGCCGCCAACGCUGCUCAAACUGCACAAAGCAAUGCCGCGGCCGCGGCCGCACAUGCGGCUCAAACCGCAGCUGCGACUGCAGCAGCAAAUCACCAAGCCUCUUUGCACGACGACGAGUCGUUCGGUUUGGUGAACGCCCUACCUCUAGAUACCUACGAUUAUAAGAGUUUUCAUCUUUGAAAGACAUAGAUAGAGAGAGAGAGAGAGGGGGGGGGAGAGAAAAAAAGAAAGGAAAGGGGAGGGGAGAGAGAGAGAGAGAGAGAGAGGGAGAGAGAGACUCGAUCAUGACUUACAAACCACGUUCAU